UGAUGCACGAGAUCUGGAUAUACAGUUGAUAUUGUAUCACCACCAUACUUACACUCUGAGAGUUCAACUAAAUAUCAAAUCAGGCUGUGGAGUUUUUUUUAUAACUGUUUUGUUGGUUGCAACCUUGGUCACUGGUUCACAACUGUACCAAUUUAUUACUACCUACACCUCCAUGGAGCACCCACAUCCACGAAUGUGUAGUAGUUUCUUUAAAAGCUCAUUCCAAUAACUCCAUCUAUUUUUGCAUAUCGUAAUUGAAACCUAACAACUCGGCGCCAAUAUUCCUACUGCUUAUACACUGUUCUCGCAAGCCUCCCGAACCUGUUUUCUUUAACAAUCCACACGAGAGUCUCAUACAUACCGGCCUUGCCUAUACAUGUGGUGUUUGAAAGAUGCGCGAGAAAACUAAGAGACUUGUGACUUACGGUAAACCAAGCUCACCUAAGUCUCACAAUCCCAAGAACAGGGUAAAUGAGAUUUCAGCGACUUCCAUUAUCUCUAGUGAGGCUGAAGGCUCAAACACUUGUCCCUGUUCAAGUACCUUGACUCGAUCAUCUGGGAGUGAUUUUAAGCAACUCUAUGGCGUUGACUCACUUGGUCAUAUUCCUGACACGCACAUAUCAGGUUCCCAGAAUAGCCGUGAGAAAGCCUAUGAUGUCACCGGAACAAAGCGCAGAAAGCUCCUUGGGGAAAAGGCGCAGCAAAUUCAGGAGCACAGUGUGAGUGCUGGUAAUCAAAUUGGGCCGGUAUUUGCGCAUGAAAGUUCCAUGAUGUUUGGUGAAACCGGAGGUUCUGAUUGUGUCAGUGCCAACGAGGCCCUCCAUAUGGACAAAGCUCGAAACCAAAGUGAUGGUUGUUGCCUUCCAAAGGAAGCUCAGGCUGAGCCCGAAAAAAUUGAACAGACUUCUACAGAAAUGACCUAUAUGCUUCAAUCGCCUCGGGAUAGCAGAUUCUCUCUCAAGACUGACAGGCUUUCUACAUCAUAUCUCAGUGGCAUGGAUGCAACCAGACACCGAACGAAACAAUCAAGUCUCCGAAAGAGAUUAGUUGAUUCAUUAAACUCAACAGAAGAGGCUUCACUAGAUUGCCUGUCAGAUGGUGAAUGCCAGCCUGACGGCCAGACGUCCUCUAGCCAUAUCUGGAAAGGAAACGAUCGACAGCGUACUGCGUAUAUACAUCGAUCUAAGGUUCCUGGUACAGAGAAUAUCCAACAGUCGACUAAUUCCAGACCCUCGAUAUCUGGAAGGUCUAGGGUUACUUAUGCACACCAGCGUUCCUUCCUAAAUGAUGCUUCUGUGUUAGGCCAUACUGAAGAACCUGGCCUAUUAGUUUCCUCGAGAUGUCAUAACCUUAGGCAACCACGGCCAAAUUCAGGACUCCUAUCUCAAACCAACCCGCAUGUUGAAGACGAGGAAAGCCUCGACAACAGGCCGGUUCGAAGCAUUCACGAGCUAAGACAGGCUGGAGACAAUGCACGCUUUUGGGAAACAGUAGAUUUGAUCUUCGAAGAUAUCGAGGACCCUCACAGUUCCGCUUCGGAAGUGUGCAAUGGUUUUGUUCAACUGUGUACCAAACUUAUGGAGCCUCGAGUUUUGGACCGUUUCUCUGAGGCCGGGUUUGACGAACGACUCGUGAAAUGCAUGACAGGUGGUGGCUUUGAUAUAGUUUCAAUCACUCUUGCUCUAUGCGCUUAUAGAUUGAUAUGUACCAGCGGCUGUUUCUCGUCUACACUCCCAACAUCCAUUUGGCCCAAACUUUUGGAUAAAUCCCCCGCUCUACUUGACGUCCAAGACGAUAUAUCAGUUACCGCGAAACAGCGAUCUAUCGGCCUAUCAAAGGCUGUCCAAGCAACUCUGAAGAGUCUUCUACCACGGUUAUCCCUUGCGAUAUAUGGAGAGCAGCCGAUCUCAACUAUUUCACCGCGUUUGCUGAUUCUUAUGAAUCUUCAAUCUUCUCUAGCUGUAUAUCAAGAGAAGGGCACCAAUGUUAAUAUCCCUGCACCCCUUUUAACACUCAUUAUUAAGUUGUUAUCACCCGAGGCUUGUGAAAAUGCAGAGUUUCCUCUGCGCUUUGAACGUUAUCUGACGCUCAUCCUGACUUUGUCGAUCCUUGAAACUUACACAAUCCUAUCGGGCCCAUUGGAUCCCGACUGCUGCAUCUCCUUACGGUCACUUACUCAGUGUUAUAAAUUUCUUUAUCCGAACCAGUGUGACCAAAGCCGGCGGAUUCUGAUUCUAUACAUUCGAGUACUACUAAACCUUACCAACAGGGACUCAUCUUUUUGUGAGGAGUGCUGCAGAACUGAAAUUGUUGGCGGGCUUGUCAAGGUCAUAAUUUCGGAAUUCUGCGCUGUGCCUGAAGAAACCAUUGGUAAAGAAAAUAGCUCACUGGAUGCAGUAAUAUUAGCUUUGGGUGCUCUUAUUAAUCUUGCAGAGAAAAGUGAAUCAUCGAGAGCUAUUUUUCUGGAGUCGACAAGUAAUUCUGAGUCUUCCCUGGGUUUGCUCUUACAACAAUUUUCUACUAGCAUCGGUUCUGUUCCCCAGGCACACUCCGUUCCCGAGGUGCAGUAUAACGUUGCUGUCGGUUACUUGUCAAUUCUUCUAGUUACACUUUGUUUGAAUCACAUGGCAUUGGCCCAGGUCAAGGUUUCUCUAGACGGCAAAGGACUUGCAGCGGCACUAUCCACGGCCGAGGAAUUCCUACAAUAUUAUCGAAAGGUUGAGAAAGAUUCGCGAUUGUUCGAGACACGACACGGAGAUGGAACCGACCUUACCCCAAGAUUAGAGCGAAUUAUUCACCAGAUACGAGAGGAGGAGCGAAAAUGA